AGAGCAGAAAAUAGAAGAGGCAACAGUAAACAGAAAAUGUAAAAAAUAAUAUAAGCAAACAUCUGUUAACUCUUACAAUGUCAAAUCACUGGUACAUGGAAAUAUGAGCAGAAUAAAAAUUCUGUUAGUGCGGAAAGGCAGAAAUGUUUGGUCAGUAUUUUUCUGCUGUAUUUGGCAGAAAGAAGGCAGGUUGUACACUCAGGGUCUAUAAACUGUGGUGGAGUACUUGCUAUUUAAACUGUAGCUCAGGAAGAUGUUAAACUGCAGCUAUUAAAGUUAGAAUUAUUGUUGUUUCUAAUCAGUGAGUCUAGAGAAUUUGCAGCCAAGAUGUUUUAAAAAGAGCUGACCAAAGAGAUACUUGCAGCUGUCAAGUUCUCUAUCUGUUAUGGAAACUGGGAUGCUCCAGAACAUUGCAGGAAAACGGGUCCUCUGCAGUAAGUUGUUUGAGUGGCCAAAUUUUACUUCAGGUGAAGCUUUGGCUGUAAUCAUCAUCAACAAAUGUUAAUGUUUUAUUUCAACUCAUCUCAUCACUGAUUGUUCUUGUCAGAUUUUGAAGUGAGCCAGUCUUGUCUUUUAUUUUCAUAGAUUCAGGAAUCCUUGCUUAGUAAGAGUCAGAAUAAUACCAAGCCUGUUAAUGGAGCAAUACAAAUUUACUUUACUUUAGACUGGAUCCUCUGGAUCCUUGGCUGUGUGCAAAAAGAUGAUUGGGUAUUUAGAAGUCUCUGACUCACCUUUGACAGCCUGUCUCAGGAAAUGAAGAGGAAGAAGGUGAGCCUGCUCGCUCCUCCUGCAGUCCAGCUGUCGGAUGAUCGUGGAGCUAGGAGCUGGACUCCUUUGAAGCUGGUUCUUUGUUUCUAUGAUUUCUGCUGAGCACAGAAUUGCAAAGAAAGACCAUUUACUUGGACGACGAUGUCUCUUCCUUUGUGCAGAUCAGAGGUUCUGUUCCGCUGUUUUGGGAGCAACCGGGACUUCAGGUGGGUUCUCAUCAUCUAAGGCUUAACAGAGGUCUAGAAGCUAAUGCUCCUGCUUUUGACAGGCAUAUGAUGCUUCUGAAGGAGCAGUAUGGAAAACAAGUGAUUGUUAACUUGUUGGGAAGCAGAGGAGGAGAGGAGGUGCUCAACAGAGCUUUCAAGAAACUGCUAUGGGCCUCUUCCCAUGCAGAAGACACUCCCAUGAUAAACUUUGACUACCACCAAUUUGCAAAAGGUGGGAAAGCAGAAAAACUGGAAAAUUUACUGAGACCUCAACUGCAAUUGCACUGGGAAGAAUUUGGCGUCUUCGCAAAGGGCGAGAAUGUAAGUCCACGCCUGCAGACGGGUACUUUUCGAAUGAAUUGUUUGGACUGCCUGGAUCGUACUAACAGCGUACAGUCCUUCAUUGCACUGGAGAUCCUGCUCACACAAUUGGAGAUCCUUGGGUUGAACUCUAGAUCUAUAGUUGAGCGCUUUGUGGAAUCAUACAAAGCAAUGUGGACUCUCAAUGGUCACAAUCUGAGCAAAGUGUUUACUGGCAGCCGUGCCCUUGAAGGAAAGCACAAGGUUGGGAAGCUGAAGGAUGGAGCCCGCUCUGUCUCUCGUACCAUUCAGUCAAAUUUUUUUGAUGCAGUAAAGCAGGAAGCCAUCAAGCUGCUUCUCAUGGGUGACUUCUUCAGUGAGGAGUAUGCAGACAAGGGCAAGAUGCUCAUGGAUCACACUGCGCUGCUGGUAACUCCAAGUAUUCUGAAGGCCAUGUCAGAGCGUCAGUUUGAAUUCACAAGCUUCAAGCGUGUUCGUGUUGCCAUGGGGACCUGGAACGUGAAUGGAGGGAAGCAGUUUCGAAGCAACAUCCUCGGUACCAGCGAGCUGACAGACUGGCUGCUGGAUUCUCCAAAGCUCUCUGGAGUUUCUGAAUUUCAGGAUGAUGAGAACUGCCCUCCUGACAUAUUUGCAGUGGGAUUUGAAGAGAUGGUUGAAUUAAGUGCUGGAAACAUUGUAAAUGCCAGCACAACAAAUAGAAAGAUGUGGGGAGAACAGCUUCAAAAGGCUAUUUCCAGGACUCAUCGCUACAUUCAGCUGACAUCAGCACAACUUGUUGGUGUUUGUCUUUUCAUCUUUGUUCGACCCUAUCAUGUCCCCUUCAUCAGGGAUGUGGCAAUAGACACUGUGAAGACAGGAAUGGGAGGAAAGACUGGAAAUAAAGGGGCAGUGAGCAUCCGUUUCCAGUUCUAUAGUACCAGUUUCUGCUUUAUAUGCAGUCACUUAACUGCUGGGCAGACUCAGGUGAAGGAGAGGAAUGAAGACUAUAAAGAAAUCACACAGAAACUCAGCUUCCCAAUGGGACGGAACGUGUUCUCUCAUGACUAUGUCUUCUGGUGUGGUGAUUUUAACUAUCGCAUUGACCUAACAUAUGAGGAAGUCUUUUAUUUUCUCAAACGUCAAGAUUGGAAAACACUCCUGGAAUUUGAUCAAUUACAACAGCAAAAAUCCAGUGGAAAAAUUUUUAAAGACUUCCAUGAAGGGACUAUUAAUUUUGGACCAACAUAUAAAUAUGACGUUGGGUCAGAGGCUUACGAUACAAGUGACAAAUGCAGAACCCCGGCUUGGACUGACCGAGUUCUUUGGUGGAGAAAGAAAUUGCCUUUUGAAAAAACAGCUGGAGAGAUUAAUCUUCUAGACAGUGAUCUGAGUGCAGAAACUAAAGUCAGACACACCUGGACCCCUGGAGCCUUGAUGUACUACGGGAGAGCUGAGCUACAAGCAUCUGACCACAGGCCUGUGUUAGCUAUUGUAGAAGUGGAAGUCCAGGAAGUCAAUGAAGGCGCUCGUGAGAGUGUUUUCCAGGAAGUGUCAUCUUUCCAGGGACCACUGGAUGCCACAGUAGUGGUAAAUCUACUAUCACCAGUGCCAGAAGAGAAAAAUGAUUUUCCUGAGGACCUGCGUACAGAGCUUAUGCAGAUGUUUGAGGAUUAUGGCACUGUUGUUCUGGUCAGGAUCAGCGGAGGCCAAAUGCUGGUAACAUUUGCAGACAGCAAGUCAGCACUUCGCGUUAUGGAUAUAGAUGGUAUCAAAGUCAGAGGCAGAACAGUGAAGAUCCGUCCCAAAACUAAGGACUGGCUGAAGGGACUUCAGGAGGAAAUUGCUCGGAAACGGGACAGCAUUGUCCCCAUGUCCCCCACUGCAAAUUCCUGUCUUUUGGAAGAAAAUUUUGACUUCUCAAGUUUGGAUUAUGACUCAGAAGGUGAUAUAGUGGAGGAUGAAGAUGAGUAUUUAGAUGAUGCUUUGUGUCAACACCUGGAAGCAGACACAGCGGAAUAUUUGCCUGAUGGUUCUGGACACCUUUCACCCACAGCACUUUCAACCAAAUCUGGACAAAACCCACGACUGUAUAAAGAUGAUACAGACCUGGUUGAUUUGAAGCAGGAGCUGGAGGCAAGCGGGGAGCGUCACCGCCGAUCUCCAAGCAGGUCUCUGUCCGUUCCUAACAGGCCUCGGCCACUCCAGCCCCCCCAGAGGCCUCCUCCUCCUGUUGGACCAUCGGGCAAGAAGUCCUCUUCAGAUGGUUCCCUCUCUUCAGGAAGCCACUCCACCUGCUCCAUCCUGGCCAUGGCAAAGCUGCUGCCUGGAGCCCCUCAGCAGCCGCCUAAAGUUCGGACUGGAAUAAGUAAACCUUACAACGUCAAGCAAAUCAAAACCACCACUGCUGAGGAAGCGGAAGAAGCUAUCAGAUGUCUGAUGGAAGCUAAAGGAGGAUUACAGGAAGAUGCACUGAAGCCUGCUCCAACUCGAAACCAAACGUUCACCAAACCUGAGCCUGUUCCCAGCAUCACAAAGUCCCUGUCCUUUCAGGGCCCACAGGCAGGACCAGCACUUGUGCCCCAUCGGCCUCCACCCAAAGUUCCAACUACGAAGAAGCCAGUACCCCUGCAAAGGGCCGGAGCCAAGAUGGAAAAUGCCACAUCUAGAGAAGAGCGAUUUGGCCAGCAGACAAUACAGAAUCCCUUUGGCUUGCCAGAGCCUUUCCUAGAAGACGGAGCUAUUCUCAGUCCGACCAAGAUUACUCCAGUCCCUAAGCCCAGAACAUCACAACCUGGGAAGCCUCAGGAGAGCAGGGGGAGCAGUGACAGGCAGCCCCCCUCCCCAAGCACAGAUGAGGCCAAUGCACUCCCUCCCCAGAACACUUCCUUCAUCCCAAAGGUGCCACCACGAAGAAAGAAGUCAGCUCCUGCAGCUCUUCAUCUGCAAGUUCUCCAGAGCAGCGACAACCCACUUCUUAGAGAGUUAAUGUUCAACUCCAACAACAACAAUCCUGUCUGCCCCCAGCCUCAGGACUCUGACGUCCUUCACGUUGCCUCCACACGCUCUGCCCUCUCAGUUCCUACACUCUCUGCCAGCCAAGAAAAUAACACGGUCACACAGCUGGCACUCAAUACAGAAUUGAUUACUGUAGCAGGCCAGCCUCCGCUGCUCUCGGAUAGCAGCUCCCUUGCAAACAGUACCAAUCUCUUGGACCUGGACACAGAUUCUUCCUGCCAUCUUCCCAGCCAGGCGCCGUCAGCAGUUUCUGCAGCACACGGUCCAGAACACUUGAAACUCCCCGGUCACUGGGUGACAUUCAGCGAUGAUGAAGACAAUGGUGCACUGUCAGAAGGGUUCAACAAACUGCUUGUCCACAAACAAAACAAGAACAGCUUGGAGAAUACAAAUAAUAAUUCAGAAUUGUAAAACUCAUCUCCUUGAUGUUCCUGUAGAAAUAAUAACGAUUCAAAAUUUUGCAUUAAGGUUUUUAUUUAAGGAAACGCAUCAUCUGUCCAUGCUACAUUUCAUUUUCUUUUUGUUUAAAGACAAAGAAACUGCCCCUGGAGGGAGGUGUACAAAGUAUAUACAACCUACUGUUAUCCAGUUUGUUUGAGAAGUUCUUUAUUCUAAGUUAUUUCUUUUUAUUAAUCCCCCUGAAGAUAUUUUAUUUCAGUUAGAAAUCAUAUGCAAGAAUAUGGAUGGACAAAAAAAAGUUAAUUUUCAUUUGGCAUGUAUAUAUUAACCCAUUUCUGUCACCUAAAAUAAAGUACCCUUACCUCGAA